ACCAGAAGCGAGAGAGAGAGAGAGAGAGAGAGAGAGAGGAGGAGGAGGAGGAGGAGGAACGAAACCCUCGUCUCGAGGUCGAGCUGCGGUAGGGUUUACUGGUUUAGUGGGAUGGGAGGAGCCUCGCCGGCGAUAAAGCCUAUCGGCAAAUCAGUGGUGCACCGGAUUUGCUCGGGCCAAGUCAUUUUCGACCUCUCCUCCGCAGUGAAGGAGCUCGUGGAGAACAGCCUCGACGCCGGCGCCACCACCGUCGAGGUCGGCCUCAAGGCCUACGGCGAGGAGUGGUUCAAGGUCGCCGAUAACGGCAGUGGCAUCUCGCCCGGCAAUUUCCAGGCGCUCGCUCUGAAGCACCACACGUCCAAGAUAUCGGAUUUCUCCGAUCUCAACUCCGUGGUCACCUUCGGGUUCCGGGGGGAGGCGUUGAGCUCCCUCUGUGCAUUGGGGAAACUGACGGUCGAGACAAGGACUAAAGAUGAGUUGGUCGGCACACAUUUGGAGUUUGAGCACUCGGGCGUGGUGAUCAGUGAGAGGAAGAUUGCACGGCAAGUCGGGACCACCGUAACCAUCGAGAAACUCUUCUCCACCUUGCCGGUUCGGGGCAAGGAGUUUAGUAGGAAUAUCAGGAAGGAGUACGGGAAAGUGAUCUCCUUGCUACAUGCUUACGCCUUAAUUGCCAAAGGGGUCAGAUUACUUUGCACAAAUACUGUGGGCAAGAAUUCUAAAAUGGUGGUGGUUAAAACUCAAGGAAGCAGUUCACUGAAGGACAAUAUCAUUACGGUCUUUGGUUUGAACACUUUCAAAUGCCUGGAGCCCUUCAACCUGGCCCUCUCUGAAGGCUGUCAGGUAGAAGGUUUCCUUUCCAAGCCUGGACCGGGCACUGGUCGCAAUUCAGGAGAUAGGCAAUUCUUCUAUGUAAAUGGCAGACCCGUGGACAUGCCAAAGGUCACCAAACUUGUUAAUGAACUGUACAGGAGUUCCAAUUCCAGGCAAUACCCUGUGGCUGUCCUAAAUUUUUGCAUCCCAACCACAUCUUAUGAUGUGAAUGUCGCACCUGAUAAGAGGAAAAUUUUCUUCUCAUCUGAGCAUACUAUUUUGUUAUCUUUACGGGAGGCUAUUGAAAAUCUGUACAGCCCUCAACAGUGCAGUUUUUCCAUCAAUCACAUUGAAGAUCCUGAAAAGGUCAAUCACACUGAAGAUCCUGUAAAGGAAGAUGACCCUAUGAUUGAUGAACCUAUUAAAAGCACAUAUUUAAUGGACAAGGAAAAUGUUUCAUCGCCUGAAAAUGAUAACUGCAAGGAAGACACAGAUAGUGAUGAUCAGGACCCACUGAAGGAUCAGAAAGUGAGUUCUUCUGCGACAAGGGCAGCCACUGGAGCUGCAUCUAGAGACAUGAGCCCCUUGCCAAGGAGCCCAGACACUGAGGUUGAUAGAUCUCCUUGGUUUUCAGCAUUGCGGUAUGAGCAGCCAAAAAGACCCCGUGCUGAUUUUAAAAAUAAUCCAGUAAGAGAAAAUAAUGUUAGAACAGGGCUUGCUGCUCAAUCCUCCCCUUCAACUAUUGUUCAGUCUUCUCUUAUGAACUUUCUAUCACUAAACAAGAGGAAGCAUGAAGACAGUUGCAAUCUUAUUACUGAAGCUCCAGUGCUGAGAAGGGGUACAUGCUCAGGGCAAGUGAGAAGAACAAGUUUAGAAGCAAAUGCACCUGGUAUUUCAGAUGCCAACUCACUUCAGCAAAUUAGCCUGUGGGAUCAUUCUCCACAACCUUUUGUACCUAAGAGGACAGAAGUUUCAUUACAGCAUUCUGAACCUCCUAAUGUUGGGUCUCCUGGUACUGAAGCUCCAGUGCUGAGAAGAGGUACAUGCUCAGGGCAAGUGAGAAGAACAAGUUUAGAAGCAAAUGCACCUGGUAUUUCAGAUGCCAACUCACUUCAGCAAAUUAGCCUGUGGGAUCAUUCUCCACAACCUUUUGUACCUAAGAGGACAGAAGUUCCAUUAAAGCAUUCUGAACCACCUAAUGUUGGGUCUCCUAGUACUGAAGCGCAUCUCCUCAAUCCAUGUGAUGUCCACAGUACAGAAUUUGAUGCGGAUGAACAAAAUGGUCGACGCCUUUCAAAUUUUGGUGCUCCCGAUCAAUGUUUGAAGGAUACCGAACCCCCAAAUACACCGUCCAAUAUAACUUUACUUGAUGGUCAUGAUAAUGACACUUCGGUGUGCUCUACAUCAGUAUCUUAUUCAGUGCAGUUUACAAUUGAUAAGCUUAGGAGAAGAAGAAAACGCGGUUUUAUUGUAUCACAUGAAAACAGAGUCCAUUGUUCUGAGAAAACUGCAAGGUGUUAUAAAGCCGCAACACUGGAUAAUUAUGUACCAAAUGACGACGAGGGAAAAUCUAAUUAUUUAGCUGCAGCCACCAAUGAGUUGGACAGGUUUUUCAGCAAAGAUAAUUUUGGAGAAAUGAAGGUUGUUGGGCAGUUUAAUCUCGGUUUUAUCAUCGGAAAGCUGGAACAAGACCUAUUUAUUGUAGAUCAGCAUGCUGCUGAUGAGAAGUACAACUUUGAGAGCCUGUCACAGUCAACAACGUUAAACAUACAGCCUCUUCUUCAAAGCUCGUAUUUCGGUCUCCAUGGCGGUUUGGCAAAAAUAACAUCAACUCGUGAAUGGUUAUGGCCACUGAGACUUGAACUUUCACCGGAGGAAGAAGUUAUCGUAUCUAUGCACAUGAACACUAUCAGAAAAAAUGGUUUUGUUUUAGCAGAAGAUUUGCAUGCUUCUCCUGGCAGUCAUUAUCUUUUGAAAGCUGUACCGUUUAGUAAAAAUAUUACAUUUGGUGUUCAAGAUGUGAAGGAGCUGAUUUGCAUGCUUUCUGACAGUCAAGGUGACUGUUCAAUAAUUAGUAGCUAUAAGAUGGAUAAAACUGACUCUGUUUGCCCUUCGAGGGUUCGUGCCAUGUUCGCUUCGAGGGCUUGCCGAAUGUCUACUAUGAUUGGCGAUCCACUAACGAAAACCGAAAUGAAGAAGAUACUGAAAAAUCUGACAGGACUAAGGUCCCCUUGGAAUUGCCCGCACGGGAGGCCGACAAUGCGGCAUCUUGCAGAUCUGACUAGUAUAAGGUUCAAAGAAGCAAAUUGAAGCGGUGCUGAGAAGUUUCAUUGCGUAAAAGGAAGAAAAUCCAUUGACGCUCAUGAGGAUUUUAUCGGCAACUCCUUGGGUUCACGGGAAUAUGGCAGGAUCUGGGGUGACGUUUUGACAAUUGUUCAAGUGACUGGCGGUCGCGUGGCUUGUUUUCCGCUGCUACGGAGAGCCCGCUUGGAAUAUCGUUUCCCCUCCUUAAAACAUUGGCUGGUUAGAAAACGUCGGGUAGGCUUGUAAGAGGUGGUUGGUUCAUUGUAUUAGGCCUGUAAUGUUUACGCUUGUAUCCUCGUUUAGGCUCGUAAUCAGCCGAUUUAUGGUUGCUGCUGUUAUACACCUGUGAGCUAAAUGCAGUUGUAUAAAGUUACACCAGUUCUAAA